CUGGGGGCACGUGGGUUCCGGCGGAUGUUGGUGUGACGUCACGGUGGCUCGGUUUCAGUGUGCAGGUAGAGUUCAGCUCAGGCUUGGCGGCCGUCGCCAGCGGCAUGGCCUCCGGUAGUAGUGCGCGGGAGUCAGGCCCGACAGGGGCUGACCGGACCUGCGUGCUGUGCUGCCAGGAGCUGGAGAUCUUCGCCGUGGGCAAGUGCGACCACCCGGUGUGUUAUCGCUGCUCCACCAAGAUGCGGGCCUUGUGCGGCCAGAGGUACUGUGCUGUGUGCCGGCUCGAACUCGACAAGGUGGUAUUUAUGAAGAAAGUUGCUCCAUUUUCAGCAAUAGUAACACAUCAGUUCCACCAUGAAAAGAAAUUUGAUAUUUAUAUUGCUGAUGGGAGGAUUCAUGCCCAGUUUAGGAAGCUUCUGCAGCAUGACUGCCCUGUGUGUUCUGAGUCAAGACCAUUUAAUACUUUUGAAGACCUAGAACAUCACAUGCGGAAGCAGCACGAGAUGUUCAGCUGUAAGCUUUGUGUAAGACACCUCCAGAUUUUUACCUAUGAACGCAAAUGGUAUAAUCGGAAAGAUCUUGCACGCCAUCGAAUGCAUGGUGACCCAGAUGAUACUUCACAUCGUGGGCAUCCUUUGUGCAAGUUCUGUGAUGACCGCUACCUGGAUAAUGAUGAACUGUUGAAACAUUUGAGAAGGGACCAUUAUUUCUGUCACUUCUGUGAUUCUGAUGGUGCUCAAGAAUAUUAUAGUGAUUAUGAUUAUCUUCGCGAUCAUUUCCGUGAGAAGCACUAUCUGUGUGAGGAAGGGCGUUGUAACACUGAGCAGUUUACUCAUGCUUUUCGCUCAGAGAUUGAUUACAAAGCACAUAAAGCUACCUUUCAUAGCAAAAGCAGAGCAGAGGCCCGACAGAAUAGACAGAUAGAUCUCCAAUUUAACUAUGUUCCUCGGCACCAAAGACGGAAUGAAGGCAUGGUAAGUGGAGAUGAUUAUGAAGAAGUGGAUAGAUUUAAUAGAAGGGGAGGCCAAAACUGUGGAGGACAAAACCGCAGAGGCAGAUGGAAGUACACCCGGGAGGAGGAAGAUCGGGAUGUUGCCGCCGCUGUUCGUGCAUCUAUAGCAGCACAAAGGCAAGAGGAAAAGAAGCAGGCUGCUUUGAAAAAAGAAACCGAUGAUAGUAAAAAUAACCAGAGUGAAAGAGAGAUGGAUGAUACCUAUAAUGUGAAAAAUAUGGUUCGAACAUCCAAUGAAAUGUCAGGUACCAAAGAAGCUGUCAAAAGUUCAAGACAAGAGAAUCUCCAAGCAGUGGCCACAACUGCUCUGUCUAACCCAAGUUCUAAUCAUUUAGUUCCUGUUCGCUUAAAUGAAGAGGAAUUUCCAAGCUUAUCUGCUACAGCACAAGCCAGUACCACAGGCCUUACUCCAACUUAUACUUCUACAGCCAAGAAGAAUACCACUUUUCAGGAGGAGGAUUUUCCUGCCCUUGUGUCUAAAAUUAAGCAACAAAAACCGUCUACGACUACGUCUGGAUCUGCGUGGAUCGCCGUUUCCGGCAAAAGUAGUUUUAAAACUGUCCAUUCCAGUGGCAACAGUUCUAAUCAGAAUGCUAAAAAAUCUUUGUCAACUCACGGUGCAAAAGCAAAAACUAAAGCCGCUUUAAAGUCUGAUAAUGAGGAAGAGGAUGAUGGCAGUGGUUUGACAACUCAAGAGUUCAGAAGUGCACCGACAAUGCUAGAUAUUUCUUCUUUGUUAACAACUUCAGCGCAGACUGUAUGUAAAGUUGGUAAAAAGAAAAAAAUAGGUGAAAAGCAAAAUUCUUCUUCAUCUCUGGGUAUUGAUACUGUAAUAAAUAAAGCUCAAAAGGAGAAUGUUCCAGAAAUUAAACAGAGUGCACCUGUUACCAGUGUGUUGAAUGGUCACACUGACAAACUAUGUCCUGAAAGUGCAAGUGUAUGUACACUUAAGGAACCACCAGGUUUUAAGAAAAUCGAAGACAAUCCAGGUCCUUUACCUGAAGAAGAUUUUCCUGCACUUGGGAAUCCAGUUUUACCAAAAAUGCCACCUCCAGGUUUUAACAACUUAUUACCAGUGAAGAGCCCACCAUCCAAUCUUCCUCCUCCACCAGGAUUGACUGCCCCUGUUAGUAAACCCCCUCCUGGCUUUACUGGUGUCCCUCUGAAUUCAAACAUCAGCGAGCCUAUGAUUCCAGCACCAAAACAAUCUUCAAACAUUUACCUCCUUCCUGAGAACUUUAAGCAGAGGAAUGUUGAACUAAUUCAAUCAAUAAAUACAAUUUUGCACAAUGAUGAAACAAAAUUCAACAAAUUCAAGACGCAGUCUGGACAUUUCAGACAGGGUCAAAUUUCUGCUGCAGACUAUUAUAGGAGUUGCAGAGAACUUCUGGGAGAAAAUUUCUUGAAAAUAUUCAACGAACUGCUGGUUUUGCUGCCGGAUACAACCAAACAGCAGGAGCUUCUUUCCGCUCAUAAGGACUUGAGAGACAAGCAAGGUCCAAACAAGUCAAAAAAGAACAAGAAAAAUGCAUGGCAAACAACCAUGAACUUGGACUUUGACUGCCAGGUGUGUCCCACAUGCCAACAGGUGCUGACUCAGAAAGACUUUGCCACCCACAAGACUUCACAUUUUGAGGAUGAUGAGUUUCCUACUCUCCAGUCUGUGAGCCGAAUUAUCAGUUAAUAAUCAAGACAAAUAUUCCAGAUCUGAGGAAAGACUUACUCGACCAUAUAGAGUAAUGGUGCAUGUAGAUGGUAUUGCUAUUUACAGGCAUGUGUUGCUUUUAAAGGGAAACGUGGGAGAAAUGUAGUAUAGUAUGUAGCUGAGAGGAAGGAAGUGAUUUGUGUGUGUUAGGGAAGUAUUAUUACAGUAUCUAAACCUGCUGCUAUACUACAGUGGAAAGAGAAAGGUGAUGUAUUGUUUCACUUUUUUUGAACGUUUUUGAAACUACUAUCUACAUCAUUUUGCAAACAUCAGUACUGAAGAAGGGACUUGACAAAGUAUGUCCUUAGUUCCAGGAUGUUGCAUUUGAAAUUGGCUGUUGAAGCAUCAAAUCUGUGCAAAAGUUUUGAAUUAACAAAAUUGGACAUCAAAACAAAGUGAAUAUAAUUGAAAUUGACCCUAUAAUUAAUGCAAAAUAUAUUGUAAGUAGUUUGAUUUGCAAGCAGCAUCCUGCAGCAUCUUUUCCUAUCCCUCAAAUGAUUGAGUUUCCCAUUUGACAGUCUUUAAAAUUUAAAAUCCAGGGUAAAAUACAAAGAUUUAGAAAUUAGUUAAAUGCAGGAUAUUGCAUUGCUAUAAUCCAAUUUUUCCUGUUUAAAUUGGUCAUUCCUGAGCUACAGAAUGACACUUUCUCUAUUUAAAUAGCAGGUCAUGCCACCAAAGCAGUGAAUUAAUUUUGGUUCCAUUAUUGUAAGUUGCAUUGUGAAAUGGCAAUAAUAUUUAGGCUCCUGGGCCUUCUAAAACUUCAUGUCUUUUGUUAGUUGUGAAGCUCAGUUAAAACAAAAAGCAGUGACCAUGUUGAUGAAAGGAUGGCAAUAUAAAUAUGCCAGUGUGGCUCUCAUCGUAUUUAUCAAUAGCUUUGAAAUUAAGCCUUGCUAACUUGGCUUAAGGAAAUUAAAUUAGGAUAAGUGGCACAGACAGUGUCAUCCUGGAAACCUGUCUGUUUUCUGGUGUUCAUGGUAGGAAUGGUUUUAUUUUUCUUGCAACUUAGUUUGAUACAGGAAGAGUUUGAUCAAUGAUAGCACUCAUUUACUACCACCUAAAAGAUUUUACUGCAGUGGUUGAUUUUAAAUGAAAGUUUAAGGCAGCAUGUAUCUGUUCAUGUCCAUUUCUGCUAGCAAUCACUUUAUUGCCACUUUUCUGUUUCUCUAUCCCGUUCAUGUUCCAUGAACAUCAUCUGCCCUUAUCUUGUCUCCUGUAGUUGGUUACUGUUCAUAAUCAUCAGCGAGCUGUUGAAGUAGGGCUCGUUACCGCAUAGUUCAAUCCUUUUUUCCACUCGCUGCCUACAUAUCUGCCCCUCUGGUAACUACUUAAAUUAUAAUUAGAAGCUGUUUCACACAUUCUGCUGAAGGCAUGAAACCCAUUUCCUAACUGUUGGCUUGACUGAGGCCAGUUUAGCCAGAACUACUUGUGGCUUCCUUGGUCUAAAUGCUAGUUACAUUUUUGAGGAAACUCACUGACCCAUCAUUUGAGUUUUUCAGUGACUUUCAAACAAACUCAUUCACCAACUACUUUGUAAUGCAGUUUCUGACUUGGUAGCUCUACCCAAGUAACAAUGACAAAAUUAUCCUUGUAUUUCAGUGAUCAAUAUUUCACUCAGGUUGGAUGAGAAUAGACGUUUAUUUGGUAGUUUAUUGGCCAGUUUAUGCACCAUAUUCUUUAUUGAUCUUAUCACUGAAUGACAUAGUGAUACAAUACACUGUGAUUUGAUUUUUUUUUUUAAAUUUGUUGACUGGGAGUACAUAUUCAACUUUGUUUGAAAGGGUUAUGUAUGCUGCAUUAUGUGGUGCUUGAUGGUUUUAAGUUUGGGGCUAUCUAAGAAUUCUGUAUUCUAUUUUUAAAAAAAUGAGCAUCAGAUGUGUAGUUAACAAGGUAACGUGCAAUAUUGAGGACGUGGACAGUGUGUAAAGCAUUUCUCAUGAGUGUUAGUCUUAUACAUUCAUUGGGAGAUUUUUAUGGCAGCAUUUAACUGCAGUAGGUAUUCUACUAAAGUAACCUGAAUCUGUGUACGUGUGAGUUGUAACCACUUCAGUCGUGGUCUGAGUCACUGAACAUCACCAGUAAUAAAAUGGCACCACAUUAAGUCACAACAAUUAACAAUCAUCACUGAUUAUUGUUUUAUUCUGACAUUAUCUGUUUGUAUUUGGAUUAAGUACCAAGAGGUGCAGAAAUGAAUUGAAUGCCCAAGUCAAUGGAACAAAUAUUUAAAGAACUAAACAUACCUAUGUGAAUAUUCAUUAUUAGCAUAGCUUGGGUUCAGAACUGAUGAAUGUUGUCUUGAACAAAUACUGUUUGAGCAUAAAACUUGGAGGUCCAGUUUUGUUUUUGUUCUUAAAAUACUAAAGUAAAUGGCAACAAAUAGGCUAAAAUAAAAGGCUUAAAAGCAUACGUUUUAGUUUAGAAAAUUGCUUUUAUGUGAUGGGAGGAGAUGUAAAUGAAAUUGUUUGGAUGCAGAUAACCACAUUGCAUUUUCAAUCUGGGCUGCAGUAGUAUUAAUGUUGAGGCGUAUCUAGGCAAUUUCUGGAGCUUAGACUUGUGAUUCUGUAGGCAGCUGAUAACAUCUUAAGGAUACAAUAUAUUAAUAAUUUGUUUUUGGUGCAAAGGAACAACGUGCUUUCUGAGCUUUCAUAAACCUAAUUUAGUUUUCUGCUUUCUGUUCAGUAGGAAAUUUGAAUUAAUUGUACUUUUUUUUAUUAAAGUAGCCUCCAAGCUAAGAUGACAUGCGGAUAUAUACUCUGCAUUGUUAGUUUUAAUGGACUUGAACCAUGUUAUGCUACAGUUAUUGAAUACCUGUACAUUUAUUGCAUUUGGUUCUGCAUUUGUACCUGUAUCACUGAAAUAUUUAUACCCAUGCAAUUCCUGCAUUCAAUGAAUGUUUGGCUGAGCACUAGUAAGAGUAAGUUUGCCUCAAAAGAACCAUAUACAGUAUGUCCUGGAAUUUUUGAAGGGUGCCAAUAAAAAAAUUUAUGCAGU